GGUUUGUGUCCGCGACCUGGCCGAUCGACCAGGAGUUUAAAGUGAGCAGCGAGGGAGGCUCUCUAUUUCUCUUUCCGUGUGUCUUUCUGCCCCUAUUUUCUCUAUCCGUCUAUCCAUCUAUCCGUCCGUCUAUCUACCCACCUUUAAUUCGUCCGUCGUCCACCUUCUCUUCGUUCUAUCUCCUCCUAACCUCUUUUUUCCUCUUCGAUCUUUCUCUCUCUCUCUCUCUCUCUCUCUUUCUUUCUCUCUUUCUAUCUAUCUCUCUGUCUCUCUCUUCUUCUCUUUCUCUCUUUCUAUCCGUUCUCUCCCAGUUUCGAAGAAGAAGAAGAAGAAGAAGAGGACGAGGUGCGAGCGAACGAACGUCAAGAAGGCAACAAAAGUCCGCGUUACGUUCGGCGUUGGUUAUUAUUCGUCCAUAUUAUUCAUCGGGAUUAGUGCCGACACCGACGUAUUAGAUGAUAUAUUAUUCCUUCUAGAUUGGUGCUUUUUUUUUUUCUUGGUGCUUCUUUCAAACGCGCGAACGGUGAGAGAAAAAAAGAAAAGAGAUAAGAAAGGAAGAGAAAAGAAUAAGGGAAACGAAGGACGGAAGAAAAAAAGAAAGGAAGGAAAGAAAAAGAAGAGAAUAAAGUCAGUGGCUCCUAGACCAAGAGGAAAAGAAAUAUUUUUCUUCGGAUCCCGGUCGGUGUGAUAUCCCGGAGUCAUACUUUGGAGAAGAUAUCUCUUCGCAAUAUACGAGACGAUAACAAUAAUCCGGACUUCGCUUCGCUGCAAGAACAGCAGAAUCCGGAGUCCGAGCAUAAGGGAGGAGCCUCUGGAGCGCGCCGAAUAAAUGACUAGACUCGACACGAGACACGCGUUGGCUUGAAACCGGCUUGAAGGACACCACCAGCGGCUUUUUGAGACACGUAUACAUACAGUACAUGCCACUACAUCGACAGCAGCAGCAGCAGCAGCAGUAGUAGCAACAGCAGCAGCAGCAGCAGCAGCAGUAGCAGCAGCACCAGCAGCAGCACAACAGCAGUGGCAUCAACAGUACCACCACCAUCACCAGCAGCAGCAGAAGCAGCAGCAGUAUCGCCAAUAGUAGACUGUAUAAAAAGCAACGAUCGCGCCUAUAGAACAACGACACAUCGACAACAUCGACAAGAAAAAAACAACAACGACAACAACAACUAUCAUCGUUGUCGUCGUCUUCGUCGACGUUUAGAGAGCUUCGAAGGCUUCCACAAGCUUUGCUCGCUCGAAAAGAGAAGAGUUACGGAGUAGAGUAGAGAAGGAGGAGGGUGUAAGGAAAGGAAAAGGAGAGAAAGGAGUUCGCGGAGCUUGGAGAGAGAGGAAAAGGCCUUUUAAAGGAACAAAAUAACGGAGUGAUCGGCUCUUUCUUCAUCUUUGUCUUCUUCUACCACCACUACUACUAUUACUACUGUUACUACUAUUACUAUUACUACUCUACUAUUACCUACUACUACACUACUACUACUUGUAUUUCUUCCUCGGACAAGUCCGAGAUCUUCCGUGAGUCGACGAGUGUCAGCAGCUAAGCCAGCAACACACGUACAAGUAGUAGAAAAACGCACACAGCGUACAACGUUUUUGGAGCUUCCAUCAAAAAGUAAUAAGAAAGCAAACAAAUAAAUAAACGAACGAACGAACAAAACAAGAACGAAAGAAAGAACAGUACUAAUAACGGAGCAACGGAAACAACGAAAAACGGAGUGGUGUUCGCCCUUUUGCAAGAAAGCUUUCUCUCUCUCUUUCUCUCUCUUUCUCUCUUUCUCUCUCUUUCUCUCUCUCUCUCUCUUUCUUUCUCUCUUUCACUCCAAUAACUCUGACUCGUAGAUACGUACGUACGUACGUACGUACGUACAUCAUCAUCAUCAUCAGUUCGCACUUCUCCUUUAUUUCGCCGCAAAAUCUCUUCUAAAACCCAUCGCCGUGCAGAGCAGUAACAACAACAACAACAACAACAGACAACAGGAGCAGUAGUAGCAGCGCAACAACAAUCAGUCUAGUUUCUGUUUACUACGACUGAUACGUACAGCCGACCAACCAACCAACCAACCAACCGACCGACCGACCGAUCGACCGACCGACCGACCGACCGAUCAACCGGAUCGAUAACGAGACACCUAAUAAAGCGCACGGGCCGUCGAGAAUAAGCGCUUCGCGGUAUUCGGACGGGAAUAUAAGGACGCGCAACGUCCUCCGGAUCAUUCACGGUUCCCGUUAACGAAAGUCGUAGUCGAACGGAAGAAAGAAAAAGUUUCGCGAUAAUAAUCCCGCGGGAAUAAUAAUAAAUUACUACGAGGACAACACAAGCCACGUAUUUGUCCAAGAAGAAAUAUCGAAAAGGGAAGGAGGAAAGAAAACAAAGUUAUUCCAUUCGUCGUUUUCUACGGAAAGGUACGAAGGGUGGUGGUUCGUACGAGAUAGACAAAGACAGAGAGAGAAAGUAAGAAAGUAAGAAAGAAAGAAAGAAAGAAAGAAAGAAAGAAAGAGAGAUACAAGUCUCUCGUACGUUCUUCUUGGACUAGGAGAAUGGCAAUGGUCAAUAUGAAUAACCUACUCAAUGGCAAGGACUCGCGGUGGCUACAGCUCGAGGUUUGCAGAGAGUUUCAACGCAACAAGUGUACCAGGCCUGACACGGAGUGCAAGUUCGCUCAUCCACCAGCCAACGUCGAGGUGCAGAAUGGACGGGUCACUGCUUGCUACGACAGUAUCAAGGGCCGAUGUAAUCGGGAAAAGCCACCCUGCAAAUACUUCCAUCCUCCUCAACACCUUAAGGACCAGCUUUUGAUAAACGGACGGAAUCACUUAGCCCUGAAGAACGCGCUGAUGCAACAAAUGGGCCUAACGCCUGGUCAACCAUUAGUGCCUGGCCAGGUACCAGCAGUGGAGGCCCCGGCACCUCCGGCACCACACCAUCACCUUCAACAGCAAAUCCAGCAGCAACUUCUCGCUACCCACGCCUUUAUGGCAACGAAUCCGUACCUGACCGGUAUGCCGCAGGUGGGCAACGCGUACAACCCGUACUUCGCGCCCAGCCCGAUAAUGCCGGCGAUAAUGGGCCCGGCGGACCCGACGGGAGUCGGCAGCCCACUCGGCGUCGUCCCGCAGACGGUAGCGAUGCCGCAGAAGAUGCCACGUACAGACCGCUUCGAGGUAUGUCGCGAGUUUCAACGCGGGGCGUGCAAACGCGGCGAGACGGAGUGCCGGUUUGCGCACCCCCUCGAGACGGUGCAGGCGAACGAGGACGGCUCUGUGACGGUCUGCAUGGACGCUGUCAAGGGCCGAUGCAAUCGGGACCCCUGCCGCUAUUUCCACCCCCCUCUGCACCUUCAAGCCCACAUUAAGGCCGCACAAUCUCGGGCUAGCAUUGCGACGGCGACGAUGCCUACGAGCAUGGCGGGAAUGGGCGCACUGGCUGGUGGAAUGUCAGGAGUGCCGGCGACUGCGAUAUCCGGAGGACUUCAGGGCACAACAAUGGCGAGCAUCGAGCUCGGAAAGAAGCGGAUGCGCGACUCCAAUGACGAUCUGCUAAUGGUACCACGGCUUAUGCAUGAAAUGGACAUGAAGUCUGUUGGGUCGUUCUACUACGAGAACUUUGCCUUCCCAGGAAUGGUUCCGUAUAAACGACCGGCGGCCGACAAGUCCGGUAUGCCGGUCUAUCAGCCGACCGGCGCGACGACCUUAAUGCAGUUGCAGCAGCCCUUCGUGCCUGUGUCAUGUGAGUACACUGGAACACCACCCCUACCUACCCAAACCUCUAACCAAUCGGUCGUGCAACCCCCGAACGUGCAAAGCAACCACCACCACCACCACCACCACGCGGUGGUGCAGUCCUCCUCUUCCUCCCAGGGAACCGGCGGCGUCGCUGUCGGUAACUGCGCCGACGCCAACAAUGGCGUCCUCAUGGAUCCGUGCAACAAUCCGCCGCCGCCACCGCCGACAACCGGCGACAAUAACACUAGCGCUAGUAAUGCCGGUAACAAGCAGACCCUCGUUAAUGCCCAGAAUCAUGACGGCGAAAAUGCGCGUAACUCCCCCGAAUUGAAUCACUCGAGUCCGGCGAUACAGCAACAAGUUCAGCAACAAGCUCAGCAACAAGCUCAACAGCAAGCGCAACACCAGCAUCAACAGCAACAACACCAGCAACAACAGCAGCAGCAGCAAGCGCAACAACAGCAACAACAGCAGCAAGCGCAACAGCAAGCUCAGCAGCAAGCGCAACAGCAGGCUGCUCAGCAGCAGGCUCAACAACAAGCUGCUCAGCAGCAGGCACACCAACAGCACCAACAGGCUCAGCAGCAGCAACACGCUCAGCAACAGCUUCAACAGCAACACCAACAGCAAAUGAAUCAGUUGGCAUUAUCGGCCGUACCGCCGUCGAUGAGUCCAUUGACGUCGAUGGCCGGGCUAACAUCUAUGCCCGGAGUCGUUAACAUGGCCUCAAUGGCCAAUAUGGUCAGCAUGGCAAACGUCUCCUCGAUGUCGAGCCUAUCAUCGAUGAGCAAUUACUCUGCCGCUAAUAUGGCGAAUCUGAACAUGUUGAAUACGCUCGGUAUGGCCGCGUCCGGAUUACCCACCCAUCUCGACGCAGCGACUCUGGCCAAGGAGGUGGCCCAGAAGAAUUACGCGAAAGCUAUUAAAUUAUCACAGGCUUCCCAGCCUUACGGUAUUAGUCAGCUUACGGCACUUAAUUACACCGGCGUCGCAUUGAACAAACAAACCUUGGUGAAUCCUGCGGGUGCUGCAGCCGCCGCGGCUGCGGCCGCGCCUGGUUCGGCUUUACAGGCUAGCGCUUUGCCCGGAAGUACUGGUACACCGAGACCGGUGAUCCCUGGACUGGCCGGUAUACCCGGUGCGCUAACGUCGCCACUUUCAGCGGGUAUACUCGCAUACUCGAGACCUCAGCCGACCGCCACACCUAUUAAUCCGUACUCUCUGAUCAGACAACAGAUCCUACCGAAUCCGUACGUCCAAGCCUCGAUACCCGGUGUACCUGGUGCGGCCGCAGCCGCGGUUCAGGCAUCUCCCUACGUUCAGAAUCCGUAUGCCGUUUUACCUGGUAUGGCUGGUGUACCUGCUGGCGUAGCUGCCGCGGCAGGUGUACCGACCGUACCUCAGAUACCGCAAAUCCCCAAUCCCGCGACGAUAGCGGCGCAACCGCAGGUCGCCAUACCGGUCAGCUCCGGCGUGAUCAUGCAACCCUACAAGAAGAUGAAGACUUCGUAAAGAGCGUCGCUUUUAAAGCUCCUUGGCUUUUCUCCGUAGCGAGAGGUCGGUCGUGCUCUCUUCUGGGCCAACUUCUUCUCCUCCUAUCUCUCUCUCUUUCUUUCUCUCUCUGUCUCUCUUUUCUUUCUCUACCUCUUUACCUCUCUUUUAGCUAUCUCUUUUCGCAAAAGAAGGCCCGAUCUAUUACUUUACCAUCGUCCGACUCUAGAAUCACGCGUAAGUGCAAUUUUCGAUUAUUCUAAACGAGACGAAUCCUAUUAAACAAGAUAAAUGAUCUCUACGUUCGAACGCAUCUUUUUGAUAUAUAAAUGAAUAAAUAAGAUAAAUAAAUAUGUAUAUUAUAUAUCUUUCUAUCUUUGGAAUCGUUAAUUUUCUCAAUCAUUAUUCGACAGAGCGAGGAAAAAAAAGAAUAAAAAAGAGAGUAGGAGAAAAAGAGAGAGAGAGAGAAAAAGAGAGAGAGAGAGAGGGUGAGAGAAAGAGACAAGGGGAGUAUAUUUCGGUCGAACGAACGCGAAACGGGAGAGAUGAGACACGCUACACAAUGAAAAAGUUCCGAAAAUAGAUUCAUUUUCUAGUCAGACAUUGUCGGUGAACAGUGCCUUAUUGACCCGAUUCCUCGUGGAGCGUUUUAAACGUAAGACGAAAGAAUGAGAGAACGGCGAGAUCGCACGGCGUUCCUUGCUAUAAUAUUGUGUGUGUGACGUCGGAUGAAUUAAACCGAUUCGCGAAUUGGUAAAGAUGGCCGCGCGUUCGCGGCUAUUUCUUUUUAUCGUUCCGAUAACGUGUUUCUACCUAAAUAAUAAUCAAUAUCAAUAUAUCUGCCGGACGACUUGCCGCUCGUUUCGAUGCGUCCAAAAUAAAAUUGAAAAGAAAAAAAAUGAAAAAAGUAAUGAAAAACGGUAAAAAAAAAAAAUUAAAAAGAAAAAAAAAUACAAAAAAGUAAAAGGAAAAAAAGAAAAAAGAAAUAUGUGUGACGCUUGAGACGAUGAUAUCGAUCUUGAGGCGCGCCGAAGUCACGCGUAAUAAUCGUGCUUCUAUUAUUAUUAUCAUCAUUAUUGUCGUGUAUUUUUUUUUUUUUUAUUUGUUUGUUUGUUUCCUUUUUUUUCCACUUGUUUGUUCUUUUUUGUUCUUUUGUGUUUUCUAUUAUUAUUAUUAUUCCUAUUCUUCUUCUUCUUUUUUCUUUAUUAGUACUAAGUUUAUUUUUUCGUAUUUUUAAAUAUGUCUACUACGAACACGCACGCAUGCACACACACGCACGCACACACACACACAUCUAUAUAUAUAUAUAUAUAUUGUGUGUGUGUGUGUGGGUAUAUGUGGUAUAUAUAUAUUAUAUAUAUGUUAUAAUAAUAGUGAUAUAGUAUGAGUGGAUUAUGAAAUUAUACUUCUUAGAAGUGAGAUUGAACUUUCCGCGUUUAUUAAUUAUUUUAUUACAGAGACAUUAUCUAUGUUACGUCAUCGUUUUACGAUUCGUCGUUCUGUUUUUAUUGAUUAAAUUAAGAUUGUGAAUAGAGUCGAGUUAAAUGGAAAAGUUAAAGAAAAGAAUAGGAGAAGGGAAACGAAAAUGGAUAAAAUGGAAAGUAAAAAAAAAAAAAAGAAAAUGAAGGAAGAAAGAAAGCAAAAAAGCAAGAAAGAAAGAAAGAAAGAAAGAGAGAAAGAAAGAGUAGAAAACAUCGGUUAAACGUGUGAUUCGAUUGUUGCAAUAUGUAUUUUAUUUUGGGAUGUUUUUUUCUGUUUUUUUUUUGGACUGUCAAAAUUUUAUCGCGUUUUAUCUUCACGAUUUUAAAAUCGGCUGCGUGACCGCGCGCGCACGCGAGAAGUACAAGAUAAAAAAUGAUGGAAGUAUGUGUGUGUUGUAUGGGUCCUGGCCUAUCGAACGUAUCGCGUCGUAUCAUGUGCAAAACUUGCCUUUUUGGAUUAGUCGUUUUUUAGAGAGAGAUUUUUAUUAUAAUUGAUGUCUACCUAUACAUAUACAUAUAUACGUAUAGACGACGAGCGUCAACGAAUUUGCCUUUUGCCCGCUCGUCUUUAAAGAAUUUUAUUUAAUACAUCUUAACUAUCGUUUAAUUCUUCUUCUUCUUCUUCUUCUUCUUCUUAUUCUUCUUCUUAUUCUUAUUUUUCUUAAUCUUAUUCUUAUUCUUAUUUUAUAUUCUUAUUUUUACCCUUAUUCUUCCUUCAAUUUUGUUUCGCGAGAAGUUUUAAUUCCGUUCGUUGGAUAGUUUUUUAAAAUAUCGAUAAUAAUAAUGUAUGUAAUUUUAAUGCACG